GGGUAGUGUAGCCCCCCCCACCCCCCCGCUGCCAGGAACCGGGGGCUGCCGCCUCCCAGCCAGGGGGCAGGACUGACCUGAGGCACUUCCUCCCCCGCUAACUGGCCGCCCCGCGGCCUCACGGGGCGGCGGGCGGCGGGGAUGGCACUUCCAUCGCUGCCACGGGUGGGUGGUCUGGGCUUACGCGACUUGCGUAAGGAGAGACCAACCGAGGCCGAGAACUGGCGGAAAAGCCGACGUAGCAUGGACAGAACCCGGAAAGAGAACCGCCCCGGCCUGCCCACACAUGGCGCCAAGAUUCCAGCCCAUAUUGGGGAUGGCCCAAAACGAGUCCCCAUCUCUCAGCUUCCUCAGAGUCGAGUCCCUGGAGGUGCAGCCCAAGCACAACGUGUCUUGUGUCCUUCAAACUUGGCUCAGCGAGUUCCUGUACCAUCACAAGCUCCAAAGGCUGCAGUGUCUAAUCAGAAAUCAUCUCAUAAUCAGCGGAUACAGCAGCCUCAGCCAACAUGUGUAGUUCAGUCAUCUUCUAGGCCUCAGGCUCCAAAUAAUAAUGAAAAGCCUCAUCAUGUCCCGGUAUCUGUAAGCCAACCUGAAAAAGAAGGCGGUACUUCUAAACCAAAAAAUCAAGAGACUAAAAAAAGGCAGUGGUCUCUUGAUGACUUUGAAAUCGGCCGUCCUCUGGGAAAAGGGAAGUUUGGAAAUGUAUAUUUGGCUCGUGAAAAACAAAGCAAAUUUAUUCUGGCACUGAAGGUGCUGUUUAAAUCUCAGCUGGAGGAAGCUGGAGUAGAGCAUCAGCUGAGGAGAGAAGUAGAAAUACAGUCUCAUCUUAGACAUCCCAACAUCCUCAGACUGUAUGGGUAUUUUCAUGAUGCCACAAGAGUAUACCUUAUUCUAGAGUAUGCACCUCGUGGAGAAGUCUACAAAGAGCUACAGAAGCUUACGAAGUUUGAUGAGCAAAGAACUGCUAAUUACAUCACAGAGUUAGCAGAUGCUCUGUCAUACUGUCAUUCAAAACGUGUGAUUCAUAGAGAUAUCAAACCAGAAAACUUGCUUCUUGGUUCAAAUGGAGAGCUGAAGAUGGCAGAUUUUGGAUGGUCUGUGCAUGCUCCAUCAUCUAGGAGGACCACUCUUUGUGGAACACUUGACUACUUGCCUCCUGAGAUGAUUGAAGGAAGAACACAUGAUGAAAAGGUGGAUAUCUGGAGCCUGGGGGUUCUGUGCUAUGAGUUCCUCGUGGGAAAACCUCCUUUUGAGGCAGAGACAUAUCAGGAAACUUACCGAUGCAUUUCAAAAGUUGAAUUCAGAUUUCCUCCUUUUUUAUCAGAAGGAGCUAAAGAUCUAAUUUCAAAGCUUCUAAAACAUAAUCCAUACCACAGACUACCACUUAAAGAUGUUCUUGAACAUCCAUGGAUUAGAGAGAACUCUACAAAAUUACCAGCUAGCAGAGCGACUGAGGCUGCGGGCAGUCGAAAGAGCGAAGCUAACAACAGAACGUAGUCUUAGCCAGGUGGCGAUCCUUUUGUAAAAGGAUUGAA